UACAUCGAGAUUUAUCAAGUGAUCGGUCCACAAACAAAGUGUACAAUUCAUUACACAUGACGAAUCAUGAAAGGUGUGUGAUUCAAUAAAUAGGGGGCAUUAGUUGGAGUCUUUGUCAAAAUUGAAUUUUUCAAGUUAACCAUCGUCUGCAAGAGAAACUAAAACCAGUAUGCAGAAAGUUUUUGUGGUGUUGGCUGCUCUGUGUAGUCAAACAAUUGGUGAUAUAUACCUUCAUAAUCCACGAGGAAGCAAUGAUCGUCUGAAUGAAGCUUCUGCUCAAAGAAAAAAUGCCAAUCGUCUGUUUGAUUCUCAGAAUAAUAAUCGAGGUGGUCAUAAUGUAGGAGAUGCUACAGAUGUAGCAGCUGGUGCUGAUGAAGGCAAACAAUAUAGAAUGAAAUACUUCCAAAGUGGUCCAACUACAGGAAAGACUCAACUGACAAUAGAAUGGACAAAUCAACAUGGUUGUGGUGGAAAUGAGGAUGAUAAUCCACAAAAACUAAACUGUAAAUUGGUCUUACAGUACAUGUGUCAAGAUAACGUAGAGGAACCAACAGGUGGCCCUGAUACUAUUCGUAAUGGUGUUGUUACUAAUACACAAGCCUACACUAAACCCACCAAAGCAGAAACAGAAGCAACAGUUGCAGCCAGGAAAGCUGCCAAUGUACAGCAGAAUAAAGGUUUACAUGAAACAUGGAAUUGGUAUGAGCAGUGUGUUGUUCGAAACAGAAAUAAUGGACUGUUUCUGGCUGAUCAAAAGCUCAAAGGUCAAAGUGCCAUCUUCACCAGGCAAAAUGCCAAUGGUAACAGACGGGGUUAUGAAUGCCCUGAAGAAAGAGACUACUAUCCUUACUGGCAUCCCACUCCAUGGACAGAUAUUGCUGUUUUGGCUGAAAAUGCGUCCUUAUGCGACUCUUACACUGUUGAGAGUUUUAAUGUCCAACCAUAUGGACUUUGCAUUGAAAAAUAUCCAUCCGGAAACCGAAAGGACUCAAAAUUCAAUACUCCUGCAUCAUGUGCAACAGGAGGUGGAGUUUGGACAGAAUUACACAAUUACUUAGAAAAAGCAUCCAUUGGUAAUGAAGCUGCAUGUAUAGCUAGUACAGACCGUAUCUGGGCCAUACCUUUCGAUUCUGUUGAUGGAUCAACUAAGGAAUGUCUGGUUCGACUGAGUAAACCAGCUUGUCAAGAAGCCCCUUGGUCGAGAUCAAAUCAUUUAGGUAAUGGAAUAGGUGGUGAAACCAACACUGUACAAUGGACUAUUCCACAUUUCCCAUCCAAUAAAGAAAAAAGAUGUAUUUUACGAAUGAGAUAUAACAUCAGUACUGAUGACUAUGAUCCAUUUAAUACUGACUCUUCAUUCAACAACCAACCUGGUAAACCUUCACCAGUAACCAAUAAUCCAUUUGUAGAUAUUGGUGUAGGAAGAACACCUCUACGUCUAGCUAUUAAUACUGCUCAGUUUGGCCGAGUCUUCCAAGAUAGAACCCAUGCCUUUCUUUUACGACCCCGUCCUGCUGCAUUACAGAAUGACAGAAUAUUAAAUCUAAAUGUACGAGGAAAGCGAGGAAACAUUGUACAAGUUUUUCCAGCUGUAGAAUAUGAUUUUGUUCCAACUAAUUUGGAAUUGACAGAAAGUGAUUUAGUUCACAUUCAAUGGGAAGGUUCUAAUACUCACAAAAAUGGACGUCCAGGUGGUGAUGGACAAACUGGUGAUGCUGGAGAAGGCAAAUCUGGAUCUGACAGACACAACAUUGCUCAGAUGGCUGACAGAAAUGAAAACUUCCCAGUACCAUUUGAAAAAUCUACCAUGUGGGAUAAUGCUGAAGUUAAAUGGAUCUAUCAUGGUUUAACAAGUAUAUCUAAGAAAAGUUUAGCUAUUGAUAUGGCUUCAUCUGGUUAUUAUCGGUGUAUUUCUGCUGUUGAAUGUCCAAAUCCAGACUUUGCUGAUUUCUUAGUCGAAACCAAAGCAAAGAUGCAGAACCAAUUAAACAAUGCACCAGCAUCCUAUGAGGGAGCAGUCCUAAAAUUUAAGAAAGGCACAUACCAUUACAUGUGUACACGUAACAACAAUUUCACCAACCGCAGUCAAAAGGCAACCAUUAUCGUUCAAUAAAGUGUUUUACGGAGGUUGAUAUUUUAGUGAAUUUGUUUCUGAAUAAUACGACAAUGAAUGCUUGAUUGCUCAACAUGUUUUUGUUUCUUUGAUUGUUAUUUAUUGUUUCAAUGAUUCCUACAUUCCAAUUUGAAAGUCUGAAUUCCAGGAACAGAAAAGAUUUUAGAAUUUGGUUGAUUUACUUUUUAUUGUCCAGAACAUCUUUUGUUUCAGCUUGUUUUCUUCUCCUGUUAAGUUAUCAAUUGAUUCAAGUUCAUAUUUAAUUUUAAAAAAUAAAGUGUCCUUAGCAGCUGGACUGCCCCUGUAACAUGACAAAAAUAUGUUUAAUCCAGUGCAUGUGUUCAAUUUUUUAGCUACAUAAUUUGAUCAAAAUUUUGAAACCGUCCAAUUAGUGAUUACAAGUCACAAAUAAUUUUCUACUUAAUUAUCAACAAAUAUAAUAAAAUAUCUCUAUAUACACUGUAUAAAUAUAUAUACUGAUCUGUAAAUACUCUUUAAAUAUAUUUUUUUGUUAUUAUCAAGUGGUGCUGGUUAUAAACACCUAUGUUUUUCUUUUUUGCAUAAUAUAUUUGUUCAUGUUAUCACAAACCUUAGUAUUGCACGCUUAAUAUAUCUAGUUACAGGGACAUUUUGCAAAUAUUUGUUAGUUGAUUGGGCCAGUUUAAGAGUGAUUGAUGUUUCCACUCUAAAACUGACCUUUAGUUGAUUUAUUCUAUUUCUUGUAAUGUCAUACAGAGAUUUUCCAAUGGGUACAUAUUGGGGGUUCAAAGCAAAACUGUUAAUUAUGGGAACAUUUAAUUCAAUAUAGAAGAUUAUCAUUAAGGAGACAAAAUUGACAUGGACCUGCUUUUUGUCCAGAAAUUAAAUUGUUUUGGAGGACAGAGUUGUCUAGAUUGAUUUGUUUGUGUUAUAAUUGAUCGAUUAAAGUUCAUCUGUGGUAAAUCUCUGUACAGCUGUGUAAAAUUGCUUGUAUGAUACUACUUAAUUCAAUCUAUUACCAUCAGUAUAUGACAAUAGCUGUAUUGAGUACCUAUUUGUCAGUUCACUAUUAUUGUAUAUCUGUUGAGUUGAAGUUAUAAAUUUCUAUGCAGUAUGUACAGUGUUAAAUGUUUUAUAUAUUUUAUAUUACUGUUAUCUGCUGGGUCAGAUUGGAUAACCUGGGUUCGAAAUUAAAUAUAAUCAAGCAUUCUAACUAUAUAAA